ACUUCCUAUUGCAGCACAACAUGGCAGUGGUUUGAUUGCGUUGUUGUACACAUUGUGUUUCAGUUACAAUAUACAAAGUUUAGAAGGUAAAAGCAGAUUGCCUUAGCCCUGAGAAAAUGUACAGACCGGGUUUCCGACAUCCACCUCCUCCAGGAAACGGAGGCAUGGAUCAAAGACCUGCGGGGUUUCGUGGCUCCCCGACAGGGCCCUGCUUUGGAGGAGGUGGACAGGCGUGCUUGCCGCCUCCACCUAACCGGGGAUUUUUAAACGCCACGUCUCCGCCUUAUGGCCAGAGACCAUGGCAAUACUCUGGCAAAUCCCCCCAUACUCCUCCGAAGAAUUUUUACGGCAAUAACAACAACGGUAGCGGUGGUAUGGGGUGCUAUAACAGCCCGUCCCCGGGUCAGACCGCGCCGAGGCCAAGCCCUAGGUUCUCGACUCCGUACGCAAAGUGCCCCGGAGGUCACAACGAUUACCACCACCACCACCACUACCAGAAGUACAGCCCUGGACAACAGAGAGGCUAUCGGCAGGGUUCACCCAGGACAUCCACACCGUUUGGUUCUGCGCAUGGCAGAGAGAAAAGAGUGUCUAAUGAUGUGGAAAACUAUUACAGACCUUCAAUGCUUGAGGACCCAUGGGCUAGCCUAGAGCCAGUUACUGUUACAGACACUAACCAGAAGUACAACAGAGAGCAAACAACAAACACUGGUAAAAGAGGGAGGUAUUUCAGUUAAAACCCGAUACAUAGACUCCCUUUUUUAUUACAGCAACGCAGAUUCAGAAGCAGGAUCACAUCCUUUUUAUAGGGAUAUACCUGGACAAAGUACUGUUUACAUGAACAUGAAAAUGGGUUUUAGUUAAACAUGUUUUGUAAUACAGUAUUAUUUUAUGAGACUUUUUUUUUUCUUCUUUUUUUUUACUGCAUUGGGUAUUUCCAAAGGGGAGAGGUGGAUGGUGUUGGGAGUUUUCUUAGUACUCUGGGGAUCUGGAAGUGCUUCCCUGCCCUGAAGAAAUUAAUAAUUGGUGUUCUUUAAUCACUAGCAAACAGUUAGCAACUGGUAAAACAGCAUCUCACUAUUUACCUCUUUGAAUACCAGCAGGCACCUUGAAUGCCUGAUUUUUUACUGAGAUACCAUUGAAAUGGUAAUUUUUUUAUCACAAUGUUUUUAGACUGACUUUACAGUGGAAUUACAAUGGAAGUUUGUACACCCUUGAUUGUUUUCCAAAAUUGUACAUAACAUAAAAUUAUUUGUAGCGAACAUUCUUGUCAUCUGUAGUUUGUCAUAAAGUAGUGUAUAUAUGGGUAUGUACUGUAUUUAAGAUGAAUCAUGUGUUAGAAUGCUGUUUUCCUUUGGUUUGUAUAAGAAAUGAAAUAUGUGUUAGAAGACCAGAACGGUACCAAACGUUAAACACAUUUUAACCAUCUCAGGAAAUGUUUUCCAUUGUGUAAAAUAAAUAAACUGUUAUGACAGGUUUAUAUAGGAAUGAAACCUAAAUUCUGUUAAAUCUCCAAUUGUGGAAUAUUUUUCACUGAACAAUAUCAAAAUAACCGUAAUGUUGUAGGGUGUCUACAUAUAUUUUGUUAUGUAUUUACUUAGUCUGAUUCAAACCCAAAUACAGCUAAUUUAAACGGCUGUAAAAUAAACCUUUGUUUAACAGUUAUUUUAGACUACUUUCAGUCAAGGCAAAUGUCAACAUAUCUGUAAUUUAAACUGGGAUGGUUUUUUGUUUUUUAAAUCCCUUUCAUUAAUGUUUGAUUAAUACACCAUCUCAGCUUUUGCAAGCUGAGUUUUCUGUUUAUUAUAUUUAAAUAAAAUAAUAUCAAGGUGAACAUGAAUAAUUCUACAUUGCGUUUGUUGUUAAUGUGCCAGUUUCAAGCCAAACUAAAGAUACAUUGCAAAUCAACCUUUUUGGUUUUAUAAAAACAUAAAACACACAUUUUAACAUGAAGUUUUCAGCUUUGCAUGUUUUAAAAAAUAAUGUCAGGGUUACUAACCAGUUUGUAGGCUGGCCAACCUGUAGAAUAUAAGUCACUCCAGGGCUCCUGAUAAGUGUGCAGUUGUUCUAGCUUGCUGGAUGUGCUUAAGGUAACAACCCGAGGCAAAUCUGUUAAGCUAAUAUAUGAAAGUAUAUGUUUGUGCCCUGAAGAAGGUAAAUGUGUAUUUAAUUGAUACAAAGUUAGUUUUCGCCACAUUUGAAAUGAUCUUCAAUAGUGACAUCUAAGUUUUAACUUCAUGCUCGUUUUAGUUUAAACACAUUGGAUGCCUCAGUUAAAGGUAAUAUUAAAAUAGUAGCACCUUUCCCAUAAAAAUAAAAUUAAAACCAACAGGGACUCCAGGUUGUCAAUACAAAAUAUAAUCGGGCUACAUUUAUUUUUGUUGCGUUCUACCAAUAAUAUCGAUUGUGGCAUCUCAAUCACAGGUUAAGACAAUAGAUCACAACCUUAGUCAUAAUGACCAAUGGACUGUUAUUGCAUUACAGCUGCAAGGUUUGAAGGUAAGAGUUUUAUUUCUAUUUUUACAGAUAGUUUUUAAAGGCUUAACAGUUGGGGCCAAGGUUUUCACAUGUAAUUGCAGAUUCACAACAAACCAUGUGCAUACAGUGGAAACCCAUGGUCAGGAAUGCAUUUCUUUUUCAGUUCUCAUGUAUUUUGUAGUAUUUCUUGAAACAUGUUGUGUGUGUUUUAUUUUUUCUCUUAUCAACAUGUUUUAAAGUGUUGUAUUAAUCAUACAGUAUGUUUCUAUGCAAAUGUAUAUUCUAAAUAUCAGUGCCCUAUUUAUAAGUAUUAUACUUAUGGUUUACAAUCUUAAUCUAAUUUGAAUACUGACUGUUUGGGCAUGUAUGCUGAACCAGUCUUAUGGUUUUAUAGCUAAACUGCACAUGGCAAAACUAGCUCCUAGGCAUGUAUUAAUGCAAGCUAUGAAUUGUGCAGCCUGGCUGAGCUGUUCUCUUAAAUAUAAAGGUUGCAGUUCCAAAUCUGAGUGUUUCUGUGAAGCAUAGGCAACAGCCCUUGACAUGUUGCUCAGUUGUCAGCCAAUGAGAUAGCAGACAGAAACUGAUAUUUCUCUUUUGACAUUGUUACAAAAAUAGUCCGAUGUAGUUUAAAACCCAAGAGUCAUCUGAAGGGCACUUCAUUUAUCAGUAUACUGGACAACAACACGCAUUGAUAUUGUAUUUAGAAAAAUGCAGGCUGUCUGGACCUAGCCAGUGUGUUGCUGCAUUGAACAUGUCUUUAAACUUUCCUUGUUUAGAAAUAACAUACAAUUUUAUUUAUAUUAUUGUGUUUUAUAUUAUUGUGUGUUAGGCACAUCAGAGUUCUGAACCAUUAACAACUGCAGAUUACAUGGAUGUCUCCAAUUAUACAAAUACAAAGAAAUGUCAGAUGCAUUUGACUGCAGCAAGAAAGGAAAUGAGAAAAAGGAAGCAUGUACUUUCAUCGUUCCCACUGUGCUUGGUUACUGAGAAUCAAAAUAUUGGUAAGAAUGAAGUGGCUUUGUUUAUGACCGGGUCUAUAUGUGUAAUGCAUUUGUUUGGCAUGUUUUUGUUUGUUUGCAGUCAUUAUGUAAAACACCUGGUUGUAACUGAUUUAUUUGACAUCUUGCUCACAAACUCCCACCCCCUUUUCAGAAAUAAAACUCUAGCUGCUCUUAUUUACAUUGACUAUCAAAACGUUUUAUGGUUGAAUUGAUGUUGGAAAUGCAUGCAUGAAACAUAAACUGUAGUCUGUUUUUAAAUUGGCUAAUUUCAGUUCAUUUUGAGAGUAAGACAAAAAACUGCAGUGGCACCAUAUUUAAAGUUUGUGAGGAAAAAAAUAUUUAAGCAGAUAUGUUUCGUAUGGUGAUUUCUCAACAACAAAACUGAGUCUUAAAAUAAGAACGUUUUCAUUAAUUAGAUUAUAAACAACAUUGAUUAAAUAAAUGCCUUGUGUAAUUGUUCAGCUUAGUGCACAUAUUUACAUAUAAAUAAUGGAAUGUACUGUGUUCAUGUAAAGCUGUUUAAUGUAUGCAGGACAAACAUCUAAAGACUGGGGCCUUUUUAAAACCGUUUUUACUAGGCAUCCGUUAUUACUUUGCAGAUUAAUAACAUUGUUUUUCAUUGGGAACGGAUGGAUAAUUGUCAUGUGCUAUCAAUCUACUUAAAGCAUUUCUGGAAAUGAAUAAAAUAAAAUAUAGUACACUGUGCCCUUUGACAGUCUUAAGCAUAUGACAUUUACCCGUACUGAAUGCACAUUGCCUUUGUGAAACAGCCGCUAGUUAGUUCUUCAUUCUUUAGAAUACUGUACUUACAAUGGAAGUUUACCAUUCCAGUCUGUGCACGUAUAUGUAAACUUAGUAAUAAAUAGUUUCCUUUUUAAUGGGUAAUUAAUUGUUUUCUACUUAGUCAUAGAUAUUCCCCAUGGGUUGAACUUUAACUGCUGGUUUCACAGACUGUAGUUUGCACUGGUCUUGUCUACCUAAUGCUACCUUGGUACGGUAGUGCAACAUUAGUGUCAAUCGGGGUCUGAAACCAGCUGUAAAACUUAAUUGAUUUUAAUCCCCACUUCAUGAUAUAUUGACUAGAUCCUGUGAUUUUGUGUAUUUUAGCAUGUAACAUUUUUUUAACCAUUUCUGUCAUUAAAAGUAUUUGAUUUUAGUUCUUACUCUGCCCCAACUGCAGAUAUCAGUGACAAUAUGGUUGUAUAUUAAUUUAGUUCUUUCUUUUCCUCUUAAUUCUCAGAAAUAUUAUUUUAAGUUUCCCUCAUAUUUUGUUAUCCCUUCAUAAUUUGCAGGGUAAUACCCACAACCUUUGAGCAAGUCUUAAGAGUACCUAAAAUCCCUUUAUUGGCAGAACAUGUACGAUUCACUUAUGUUAAAGAAUGCUGGACAAGAUGUUUUGGAACACCAAUCAUGAAAACAGUAUUUUGCUAGAAAGAUACGGAAGCCCCUGAAAAGAAGAAUGAAUAUGUAUUACUUGGCAUGAUGACUAUUAAUUAGUCAUUUAACAGAUGUUUUCUCUAAAGUGACUUGGAGACUAGGGGUGAACUAGGCUAUGCAUCAACAACUGCUAUCAUUUACAA